AUGUUCGACACUCGAUAUCGAACUCAAAAAGAGCGAAAAGCCCUUCAGCCGACCCUCAAAACGAAAGUGUACAAUUUCUUGGAAAGGCCGACCGGAUGGAAAUGUUUCGUUUAUCAUUUUAGUGUCUUCAUCCUCGUGCUCGUUUGUCUCAUCCUCUCCGUGUUGACGACCGUCGAACGAUACACAUCAAUGGCCGCGGAAACUCUUUUCUUAAUGGAAAUCUUCCUCGUGAGUUUUUUCGGCUGCGAGUACUGUGUCCGAUUGUGGUCAGCGGGGUGUCGAAGCAAAUAUUUGGGAGUAAGAGGACGAUUGAAAUUCGCUCUCAAACCUAUAUCGAUCAUUGAUUUCUGUGUGGUCGUCGCGAGUAUAGUCGUUAUUUUAUUCGGCACAGAGGGACAAGUGUUUGCGACGAGUGCGAUUCGGGGGAUACGUUUCUUGCAAAUUUUACGAAUGUUACACGUCGAUCGACAAGGAGGAACAUGGCGUCUCCUCGGCUCAGUCGUUUUCAUUCAUCGACAAGAGCUCAUCACCACUCUCUACAUCGGAUUUCUUGGGCUAAUCUUCUCGUCAUAUUUCGUUUAUCUGGCAGAAAAAGAUCACAUCGGACCCGAGGGGAAACAAACGUUCACUUCAUACGCCGACGCUUUGUGGUGGGGAGUGAUAACAAUGACAACAAUCGGUUACGGAGACGUUGUUCCACAAACGUGGCUGGGUCGAGUUGUCGCCUCGUGUUUCUCCAUUUUCGCCAUUUCAUUCUUUGCCCUUCCGGCUGGAAUUCUCGGGUCCGGCUUUGCACUGAAAGUCCAGCAGAAACAACGCCAAAAGCAUUUCAAUCGUCAAAUUCCCGCCGCCGCGACACUCAUUCAAUGCGUUUGGAGAUGUCACGCGGCUGAGAAGAGUGAUAAUGGACCAACUUGGAUGGUUCACAUCGACCCACUCGCUCAUUCGACCGAGGAAACGCAUCGAAAAAAGGGGAAUUUGAGUGGUGAUGAGGGACAUGGAAUACAAGGGAUAAGAGUUGGAUUGACACACAGAAGAGGGAGAAGAACGGCUCAUGGAUUGUUCAAGAACACGACGAGGAGCAAUAGCAAAAACAGACACAAAAGUGAUGACAGUGAGAUGAGCGGAUGGAAAGAUAAAGAUGCUGGUGGAAAAGGAAGUGAUCUUGAAGAGGGAAAUCAAGCUAUCCGGCAAGAUUCCCUGAUUGAAAAUGAGGAUGAUGGAGUCGAUAGUUCACCAGGAAUCACCCUCAAAAUAUCACAUAUCUGCGAGUUGACGGAAACACACCGAAACGCAAUUCGAGCCAUUCGAAAGAUCAAAUAUUUUGUGUCACGGAAGAAAUUUCAGCAAGCACGUAAACCGUACGAUGUGCGAGACGUGAUUGAGCAAUAUUCCCAAGGACAUCUCAAUAUGAUGGUCAGAAUAAAGGAGUUACAAAGAAGACUCGAUCAAACGUUGGGCAAACCCGGACAAUAUCAGGGAAGCAACAAAAAAGGACAAGCACAAACAAUUGGAAGUCGAUUGAGUCGAGUCGAGUUACAGGUGCAUUCGAUCGAUCGCAAAUUGGACGCAACCACGCGUCUACUCCAAGCCGUUUAUCGAUCAGUUUCACAGCGACAAUCCGAAGAUAUGGGAUCACUGCGAGCCCAAGUCACGCCGACACCGCCAAACCUCGACAGAUACACUUCCGAGCGUUCCCUUUGUCGUUCCCCUUCUCCUACUCCAACUCCACAAAUGAUGAUUUCUUCCGUUACAAUCUCUCAGCCAGCGUCGCCCGAUAAAUCCUCCGGUUCUUCACUUCUUCCAUCACACGAUCGUCCAGUUUCUCCAUCUCCAUCACUUUCUCCAAACGGAUAUCGA